AUGCGUAUUGAAACGUGUUUCUUCUGCUCGAACAAAAUCUUUCCCGGGCACGGGAUGGUUUUCGUGCGCAACGACUGCAAGGUAUUCCGCUUCUGUCGCUCCAAAUGCCGUCGUGCGUUCAACAAAAAGAAGAACCCGCGCAAGAUCCGCUGGACCAAAGCGUACCGUAAAACGAACGCAAAGGAGUUGACGGUCGAUCCGAGCUUCGAGUUCGAAAAGCGUCGCAACGUACCGGUGAAAUACGAUCGCGAGCUAUGGAACAAAACGAUCGAGGCGGUGAAAAAGAUCAACGAAAUCAAACAUCGGCGCGAGUGUCACUUCGUUAUGGAGCGUCUGCGAAAGGCGCGCGAGUACGAGAUUCACCGCGACAUCGUGGACGUACAGAAGAACAUUUCCCUGAUCCGGUCACCGGCCAUCGGACUGAAGGAGCGUCGUGCGAAGGAGGAAGCGCAAGAGUCGGCCCUGCUGAUGGACGUAGAAGCAGAGGCGGAAGAGGAAAUCCAGUACGUCGAUGCCCGCAAGCUCGAGAAGCAGCUCGAAGAGUCGGCCGCUUUCGAGGAUGAUGAGGAAAUGCUUCGUGCGUAA